CUCUCUUUAGUUUCCUUGGAGAAGAAGAACGUGAUUUGUAAUCAGUUCGGAGGAAAAGAUCGCGAUCUGGUGGGCGGGUGUUACCCUACAUCUAGAUCUCUUUUUUCUCAUCCCACUCUGUCUCUAAUCUCCUUCUCUCGCUCUCAUCUCUUCCAGAAAGGGAGCCGAUACCAAAUCCAAGCUCCCUCUCGCCUCUCCCAAUCAUCCUUUGCUCUCUAUCAUUUCCUGGAACGAAUGAAAGCAUGGAAUAAAAGGUGCAAUCAAUUCCCUCCGAAAGAAAGUGACGCUGACGACGAACAUCAUGGUGGCCUCGACGGUGAAGGUCAAAGUGGAGAAGGGGAAAAGAGUCGUUCGACGAUCAACUCCCCUGCCAUUGCCGCAUGUAGUCGAGGUUUUGCCGGCAAAAAUGACAGUCGACGAUGGGGAAGGUUUACCUCCUUUGUCAACAAACAGGAUAGUGGAAGGCAUCACAUAUACAAUGGUUGAAGUAGCGAGUCGGUCCCUUCCUGCUAGCAAAUUUAAAAGGUUUUCGAGACCCCAGAUUACAGGCUUCAAUGCUUUGUGCAUCCACCUCUUAAAGGUUACCUAUCACUCAUUAGUGUUGCCAUGGCAUAUCAAUUGAAGAAGCAGAGGAAUUGAACGGUCUGCAUUCAAUGUUAUUUUUCCUAUGAAUGGGUUGUGAUUAAUAUUAGUUAGAUGAUCAUACUAAGUUGUAUGAUAGAUAGUAAGCUUCAGCCAAUUAUGGUUUAUGGUUGUUGUUUCGAAAUAUGCCAGUGAUGCUAUUCAUAUAAUUGCAGCCAAAGGAUCUGUUAGAAUCUCCUUUUACAACAGCAUUAGAAUCAUCAACACAACCAGCAACUACUCCACAAUCAACAUCGAUUAUAGAUUACACUAGAAAAUUAUGAUUAUUAGAUUGAACUUUUUAUUGGUUAGUGAUACUCUAUUUCGUGGACACUCUAAGC